AUAUGUUGAUGGUCGAUGAGCAACUAAAAAUAGGGGCGACGCCAAUGUACAGCCCAAGUCACAAUCCUAUUGUGAUAGCAGAUGAUAUGGAGAAGGGUGGAAGCGACAGCGAUAGUCUACCAUCAUCACCCACACAUCAUCAUGAACUCUACCGACGACCUUGGAUUCAUGAGCCAAGAGCCACUAACUUCUUUGUGCGCCUCAUAACCAGUUUAUAUGCACUAAUCUUAACUAUAAUAUCAUUGGUGGUUGAAGUCUCACCGACAUGGAGAACCGAUAUGUGGCUUGCUGAAACGAUCUUCUACAUAUCAAUGUAUGGAGUUGGCAUUCUGUUUUUCGCGUACUGCUAUAUAUUUAUAAUUUAUCCCGGGCCGUAUAAUCAAUUAAUAUCAGUGCUCAGAAAAUAUAAAAUUAUCAAAAACUCAGAGGUCUGGUUCAUAAUGCAAAGCCAACACAAUGGAGAAGGAGCUGGCACAUUGUACUUACGACUGGGUGCUCUUUUUUUCGGAAGCGUUGGAAUUGUUCUAUUCGGAUUGGAGCUGUUUCUGUGUAUUGAAAAUGUUGCAUGCAAAAAAGUUGCGAUUGCGAAAAUGAUUGUGGCAAUAGUAUUCACCUUUAUUCAAAUGCAUUUCAUUUUUUGCAAUUCCAAGAUAACUGUAAACAGUUCUCGUAAAAUUGUUGCGUUUGGUAUGAUGCACCUGAUAUCGGUGAAUUUAUGGACAUGGUUUCGAUUUGUGCUGGCUAAACAAGAAGCUAAAGCCCACAAAAAAGCGCAACUUAAACAGACAUUUCGAAAGUACUAUUCCUCAUCCUCGUCAUCAUCUUCCGAAGAGAUUCACGAGUUGAUAAGCGCAGUUCUUAACUCAACGCUCAACAACACUCCGGCGACAAAGACGAUGGAGCCAGUGGCCAGCAGAUUGUUUGCUCUCGAGCACUUCGGAGAUGUUGCCACAUUUUUGACCACUUGCAUUGUGGAGUACUCGUUAAUUGGUGCUGCAAUCAUGUUUAUUUUGUGGAAGUCAAUAGGUCAAAACAAUCAUCAACAGAGUAACAGUGGGAAGCGAAAAGUGAAAAUGAGGAUUGAUUGCAGCUCUUCAUCUACAGGCUUAUUUGCUGGAAUCAUAUUCCUUAUUGGCUCUUUGGUCUCCAUGGGAAUGUACACAAUAUUCGAAUCAUUGCGAAACAGCUCUGGGGCUCAAUUAGUAUUUGGUAUUGUGGAUUUGUCACUCUUUUCAAUUGCCCUUGGCGCAUGUAUCAUUGGUCUAUGGAGAAUGCGACAUCUUCAGUACCGUCUACAUGCUCACGGGGAAGUAAUUGAUGAGAUUUUGCUGAUAAUUGGUUUGAUUGGAGAAAUUUUGUACUGUGCAGUUGGAAUCGAUGUAUUCAUAACUUGUCGCAGAUCUGCUGAUCUCACUGUUAGCGCAUUGCCGGCGUUUGUUUUUGUGAUUCGAAUGAUUCAAGUUGUGGUUCAAGCCGCUUUCAUACUCACUACUUCAAGACUUCGCUGUCUUUCCAAAUACUCGAUGAAAUAUAAACCUGGAAAGGAAAUCAUAACAUUUUUACUCGUCUCCAAUGUUACAUUAUUCGUCUUCCACACUUUUGAAGGCAUGAAAUCAAGUUUCGGGUUUUCUAGCAAAGCAGCUACUCAAUAUAAUUACAUUAUUUACGCAGUGGGACCAUUGCUGGUUUUCUAUAGAUUCCAUAGUUCAGCAUGUCUUGCCGAGAUAUGGAAGCACACAUACAGCACAAAAAGCAACGAAUACGAUCAUGAACACAUGUCCCUUUCUGAUAGUAACUUAACCGCAAUCACCCCAAUUUCUGAUAUCAAGGAGAUUCCAUCUCCACAAUUAUUGAAACAUUGAAUUUCUACUACUUGUAUAUUAUAUUCAUUUCGUAUGCAAUGCUAAAUUAGACCCAAUUCUCAUAUCACUCAGAUCUUCCACAGUUACUUGUUCAUUUAAUUUUGAUAUUUUUCACUCACCAAGCGGGAUUUUUUUUGUACCACUA